AAAUACAAAUCCGAUUGAAUUAUACAUUAAAUAAAAAUAAAAUAAAAACCAAAAUACCAAUUUUGUGGCUAACCCUUUGUUCCUUCUUCUUUUUGGUCAACAUUUGACCUGGUGGAGCUUUAGCUCUUCCCAUCAGCCCUCAGGUGUUGUACUAGAAUACUGAGUGGAGCAUAAGGUGGAUGAGCUUGAUGCAGGCGCACGAGAACGACAGAAACAGCAACUCAUACACAAUUCUAAAUCUCAUUGCGCUCUCUCUCUCUCUCUCUCUCUAUAUAUAUAUAUAUAUAUAUUGGUUUUGCGGGUGUGGGGAAAGGAGGAGGGGUCUGUUGCCAAGAGGGGGGCGAAUGGGAGAGAGAGAGAGAGGGGGAAAACAGAAGAGGGGAGGAGUCUGUGGGGGAAUGGGGGAGAAGGAAUCGGAGGGAUGGGCGCUGGGUUUGGGUCUUAUGAUUUUUUUUCUCUUUUUCUUCAAUUUUUUCUAAUUUUGUAUUUAUUUUAAUUUGUUUAUUUGAAAAGUCAUAUUCACUUUAAAAUUUAGUUAAAUCUGACAGAAAAUUAGACGGUGGAUCAAUUUGUCAAAUAAUAAAGAAUUAGUGAAUCAUUUGAGGAAAUAAUUUAAUUGAAGAAUUAAAAUACAAAUUGGCGUAGAGUGCUGUCUGGUUGCAUUUCUGUCUUCUCUUCAUUUCAUUUUCAGUUUGCAACCUUAGUUAAGAGGCCAAAAUUCUCUCUCUCUCUCUCUCUCUCUCUCUCUCUAGACUAUCUACUACUCUGUAAGGUCUCUAGUUAGCUAAAAGAAAGAUGGGUAUUUUCUAUAUCAUCUUCACCUUCAUAUUGUUCUUUCUCUUCCUAACCGUAUCCCUCUUCAUACUUAGAAUCUUCACAGGCAAGUCCAUCAGAAACCCGAACUACCCACCUGUAAAAGGCACUGUCCUCCACCAGCUCUUAUACUUCAACAGACUCUAUGACUACCAAACUGAAGUUGCCAAAGAGCACACAACUUACAGGCUUCUGGCCCCGGAACACAGCGCAAUAUACACAACUGACACGCGAAACAUUGAGCAUGUUCUGAAAACCAACUUUGGCAGCUAUUCGAAAGGGGAGUAUAACCAAGCUAUUCUGUCUGAUGUUUUUGGCCAAGGGAUAUUUGUUGUUGAUGGAGAAAAGUGGAAGCAGCAGAGGAAGCUCGCGAGCUUUGAGUUCUCCACGAGAGUUCUUAGAGAUGUUAGCUGCUCUGUGUUUAGAAGAAACGCUGCCAAACUGGUUAAAGUUAUUUUUGAGAUUUCAGUUGCCAGGAGGGUUUUUGAUAUGCAAGAUUUGCUCAUGAGAUGUACCUUGGACUCCAUAUUCGAAGUUGGGUUUGGAAUAGACCUGAAUUGCUUGGAGGGGUCAAGCAAAGAAGGGACUGCAUUUAUGAAGGCCUUUGAUGAAUCAACUGCUUUAACCUAUUUCCGCUAUGUUGAUCCAUUCUGGAAACUGAAAAGAUUUCUCAACCUUGGUUCCGAGGCCUCCCUUAAAAAGUAUGUCAAAGUCAUUGAUGAUUUUGUGCACCAAGUCAUCAGGAGCAAGAGGAAAUUUCUGGAGGAGCAAAAGGAUGUUAAUGACAAGGAAGACAUACUAUCAAGGUUUCUAUUGGAGAGCAAGAAGGAUCCAGAGGAAAUGAAUGACAAAUAUCUAAGGGAUAUCAUUCUGAAUUUUAUGAUUGCUGGCAAAGACACCAGUGCAAAUACACUCUCAUGGUUCUUUUACCUGCUCAGCAAGAACCCUCUAAUACAGGAAAAAGUUGUGCAAGAAGUGAGGGAUGUUGUUGGUAAUCAGGUCGGUGAAGCAAAAAUCGAUGAAUUUGUGGAGAACAUUACUGAUGGAACUCUUGAACAAAUGCAUUAUCUUCACGCAGCAUUGACAAAAACAUUGAGGCUAUACCCUGCAGUUCCCAUUGAUGGGAGAUGUGCAGAGGUAGAUGACAUUCUUCCUGAUGGCUUUAGAGUGAGAAAAGGAGAUGGAGUAAACUACAUGGCCUAUGCCAUGGGCAGAAUGCCUUAUGUUUGGGGAAAAGAUGCUGACGAUUUCCGGCCUGAAAGAUGGCUCAACAACGGAAUUUUUCAGCCUGAAUCACCCUUCAAAUUUGUCACAUUUCACGCAGGUCCUCGGAUCUGUCUAGGGAAGGACUUUGCUUACCGGCAGAUGAAGAUAGUAGCAACGGCUCUUCUUUGCUUCUUCCGCUUCAAAUUGUCUGAUGAAACAAAAGCUGUAACAUAUAGGACCAUGUUCACCCUUCACAUAGAUGGCAGCCUCCCUAUGCUUGCAGUUCCAAGGGCAACCUCAUAAAAUUUCCUAUAUCUGAAGAAAAUUUAAUGUUCAAGGUUAUCACAUAUUAUGAUAUUGUUAUGAUAUUUGCAGGUUUUUGCUCUGUAUUCUGUUUGUAAUUUGUAGAUAAUGGAAACAACCUUGUAAAUAUAUGUAAAUUAGCAAAUAUGUAAAACCAUGACUUUCAUCACCCCAAGAAACUCUCUGCAAUCUUGGAAGAACCUCAGCAAAGAUUUGAUGUCGUUUCUUUU